AUGCAGGUGAUGGCAGCGGCGCCGAGGAACGGCCAAUCACGCCCAGAGAAACGUCACAUUAAGAAUUUUUCGCUGGCGGAAAAAGUAAGCGCCAUUGAUCGCGUCCACGGUGGCGAGAGUAAAGCCUCUGUUGCUCGAGAUAUCGGAGUCGCUGAGUCCACAUUGCGCGGAUGGUGCAAAUCAGAACACAAAAUUCGCAGCCAGUAUAACAAUCUGGCAAUUGGGAUGGGUCCGCGACACUCGCCAGUGAACAUCGGUCGCUCAAUGUCGGCAAAUGGCCGAAAAUCACUUGCUACACCGGACGAAGACGCUCCGGUAGCAAAAAAGGCGAAAAUAGAUCGUACCAGUCGGCAAAACAUUCCGCAGACUAUAUUGCCAGGUCCAUCUACUAGUUUAGCUGGUAGUUUCAUAGGCCACAAUUACAAUUCAGAUUAUGCUGCUGCUUUGUUUGCACCAAUGAUUUCUAGUGCCCAGCAAAAUAUAUGUACAAUAUGGCCCACUCUGGAUAUAAUGUCACGCAACUACGUUAGCUUUGCAGAGAACGGGUUACAAUAUACCUGGACAAAUAAUACCACAUUACCCACAAUAGCCAGUAGCACGAUUGUUAGUAAUUCCGCCAUCAACACUAGCAGCAUUGAUGGCGUUCGCAACACGAUGGGAAAUAUGAUCGGUAACGUUAUGGGGAACGCAUUGGACUAUACUACCGGUAAUAGAAACAUCGCCGUUGCGUCAACCCAAGGUAUCUCCAGUUCUUACACGCGAAAAUCACCAAGUAUGACACCUGCGGCUGACGCAUCCACAACACCAGCUUCAGCAUCAUCACUGCCAAAGAAAGCUAAUUGCACUCGUGAAAGUAAAAAGACUAAUAUAGAUUUAGCUUUGAGCGGUAAUAAUAUCAUCGGUAACAUUAAAUCAGUUAGUCUUGAGCAGUCGUUCGAGCAGGACCCAGAAGGAGAAGUCAACGGCGAUGAUGAUGCCGACGACGUCGGUAUUGACGACGACGACGACGACGCCGGUAGUGACGAUGGCGACGCCGCCAACGACGGCGACGACGGUAACGGCAGCGACGAUGCCGACGACGUCGACGACGACGGCGACGACGACGGCAACGGUACCGAUCGCAGUAGAGGCGGUGGCAGCCGCAGGCCAGAUGCCAACUGUUACAUUAACUUCUGGCACGAGGAAGAGGAAGAGGAAGAGGAAGAGGCAGAGGUAGAGGUGGUAGAGGCGGCAAAAGUGGUAGAGGUGGCAGAGGCAUUAGAAGUGGUCGAGGCGGGAGCGGCG